AUGUCUAGUACUUGGAGUGCCUAUUUCGAAGAAACACGUCCCGAAGAUUAUCGUUUUCUGGACUUUUAUGAGUAUCGAUUACAACAAUCCGACUUCACCUUUUCUUUUCGUAAAGAAUCUGACAAGCUGAAAAAGGAUCUCAGUAUUUUGAUAACAAAUGGUCCAGACAAAAUGAAGGAGGGUGCUAGUCUACUUAACGGAAGAUUUAAGGUGAAGUUUUUUCUAUCGUUUUUUGCAUGGCUUUAUGGCAGAGGGAGGCUUCUACAGCUAUGGUGGGCACCUGCUUGCUGUCCACCUUACGGUCUGAUUGCCCGCUGUAGAAAAAGGAAAACCCUCACAACUACGGUGGACACCUGCUUGCUGUCUACCUUAUGGGAAUAUUUUAGAGACGUUGACGCGUUUUGGAAGGAAAUUGAAUUACACGAGGAAUUGUAUGAAAUUGAGGAAGAAGCUUCUAAAUCAAUAAUGUAUGGCACCAAAAAAGUUGUCGAUACUGCCAUCGAAAAUGCUUGUUCUACCAUUGAGAACGUCAAUACUAGACUGACGAACCCAAGAAAACGUGUAAAUAACGUCACUGUCCCCGAAGGCAUCAAAAAAAUUAAAGGUUCCUUCAUAUCUGACACAUCAUCGUCUAUCGAUGAAGAGAAUGAAGCUGACAUAAAACAAAAUGAAAAUAUGAACGAGAAAGAUCGAGAAGAUGCACCAACCUCAAAAUGGAAGAGACUCGGAGAAUGGUUUGAGGGAAGCAUCGGAAUCAAUG